AGUUGGGUUGGGAUUGUUUCUGUUUGAGAUUGAGUUAUUUGAUGUUCUAUAGUUUUGUGUGUCUGUGUAUGAAAUAGUGUCAAUACACAAAUAUGUAUUUAUAAACUAAAUUAAACGAAAGAUCAUCCACGCAAUACAUUUUUACUUACAUUACGAUGCCAGCAAUCUGUAGCGAGAUUAUAGAUGACAUUGAAGAUCUAAUCUCAUCUCAAGAAAUAACACCGAAAGAUCGAUAUCGUAACAAGAAAAAUGUUACAGUUAGAGUUAAAAAGCUAAAGUCUAUAUCUUCAGUGAAAAAUGAACAUAAUGGAAAAGACGAAUUUAACGUUCCUCACAGUAUCAUUCCAGGAACUCAGACUGUUUAUUUGAAGACCUGGGGAUGUACUCACAACAGCUCUGACAGUGAAUACAUGGCCGGACAGUUGGCAUCUUACGGCUACACUUUGACUAAUGAUAAAGGUAAAGCUGAUCUUUGGCUACUGAACAGCUGCACUGUAAAGAAUCCAGCAGAAGACCAUUUUAGGAACGAGAUCUCCGCGGGCCAGUCAGCUGGUAAACCUGUGGUGGUGGCAGGUUGUGUACCACAGGGAGCUCCACGAGCAGAAUAUCUCAAGGGACUCAGUGUCAUCGGAGUCCACCAGAUAGACAGAGUUGUGGAAGUUGUUGAGGAGGCGUUGAAAGGUAACUCUGUUCGUUUACUUGGUUUGAAAAAGGCAGCUGGGAAAAAAUUAGGAGGAGCCUCGUUGGAUUUACCCAAAGUUCGAAGAAACCCUUUGAUAGAGAUAAUAGCCAUAAACACAGGCUGUCUGAACCAGUGCACUUACUGCAAGACCAAACAUGCUCGAGGGGACCUGGGAAGCUAUCCUCUUGAAGAGAUUGUGGAGCGAGCUCGACAGUGUUUCAGCGAAGGUGUGAAGGAGGUCUGGCUGACAUCGGAGGACACAGGCACUUAUGGACGGGACAUCGGCACGUCACUGCCCGAGCUGUUGUGGCGUCUGGUGGAGGUUAUACCUGAGGACUGUAUGUUGAGAGUGGGGAUGACCAACCCUCCAUACAUCCUGGAACAUCUGGAGGAGAUGGCAAGAAUAUUGAGUCACCCGAGAGUUUAUGCUUUCCUUCAUGUUCCGGUGCAAUCAGGAAGUGACUCUGUGUUGGGUGAUAUGAAGAGAGAGUAUUGUCGUAUUGACUUUGAAAAAGUUGUUGACUUUCUACGGCUAAAAGUACCUGGAAUCACCAUAGCUACGGACAUAAUCUGUGGAUUUCCCACUGAAACAGAGAGUGACUUUGAGGAGACUAUGAGUCUUUGUGACAAAUAUCGCUUCCCUUCGCUGUUUAUCAACCAGUUUUUCCCUCGGCCUGGUACUCCAGCCGCUAGGCUUCCAAGAAUACCAACAGACCAGGUGAAGCAGAGAACCAAGAGGUUAUCGGAGUUGUUUCAGUCGUAUGAGCCGUACUCUCACAAACUUGGCACGAGACAACGGAUCUUGAUUACUGAAGAGGCAUUUGACGGGAAAAAUCUUGUCGGCCACAAUAAGUAUUAUGAACAGGUAUUAGUGGAGAACAAGCCCGAUCUGAUGGGAAGAGCAAUAGAUGUGGACAUAGUCGAGACUAAGAAACAUUGCAUGAUAGGAAGAAUUGUUACUGAUUCAUCAGUCUCAUGUAAAGCAUCUUCUCAGCUGUGCACUUUCUUGCCCUCUUCUAUAUAUUCAAUUGUUUUUAUUGCUCUGCUGGCCAGACUGUUCUGGUCAUUAUUUGUAAAUAUAUAAAACUUGUACAUUUUGUAAAAUUUGAUUUCAAUUUACAUGAAUUAUUCUUUCCCUUUUUGCCCUCAAAGAAUCGGUUCAGUUUGUUUGGUAAAAAAUGUGAUGCCUGUUUUGAUUAAACCUAGAUAUUUCUUACAAUAAAACUGUUGAUUUUGAAAA